UUCAUUAUUUUUUAUCUGUUUGCUUUUGGAAACUUGGUUGUAAAAUUUUCUUUAAUUGUUAAUUUGUAUUCAAAAACAGUUAUAGCUUAGGUGAUACAUAUUAUUUUAAUAAAAGUGAAAUUGUAAGUAAGGGUUUUUGUAAGGUAAAUAGUAUAAAAUACCGCUUAAAAUGAAUCCUUGUUCUGUGGCAGCCCCACAACAAGACACUGAUGGUGAUGGCAGAUGGAAUAGCAUUCAUAAUAGAUUUCUUUCUGAUGCUAAAGGGAAAGAUGGAGAUGUCAUUUUCAUUGGCGAUUCUAUCUUACAAGCACUAGAACAUACAGAAGUAUGGAACCAGUGGUUUGCUCCACUUCACUGCCUUAAUUUUAGCAUUCACAAAGAUCAGACUCAAAAUGUUUUAUGGCGUAUUAAAAAUGGAGAACUUGAUCAUGUCGAUCCAAGAGUGAUAGUUUUACACGUGGGAACAAAUAAUGUUGAUCAUACACCGGAACAAGUUUGUGAAGGCAUUUUAGAAAUAGUCAAUACAAUCAGAGAAAAACAUCCAAGUGUUUACAUUGUACUACCAAGUCUACUUCCAAGGGGUCAGUAUCCAAAUGUUUUGAGAGAGAAAAAUUCUAAAAUCAAUCAACUAUUGCGUGAAAAGGUUCCUUGCUUGAAUAAGGUAGAGAUGGUAUCAAUAGAUAAAGGUUUCAUACAAAGUGACGGCACCAUUAGCCACCAUGAUAUGCAUGACUACCUCAUACCAACUAAUGCAGCUUGUCGGAAGGCAUUUGAACCAGUAUAUGAUCUCCUGCAACAAAUACUGUCUGAAGGCGAGCCUGAAAAAGACUUAACACCCUCUGAAUAAUAUUUUAUAAACAAAGACACUCAAUAGCUUUUUAAUGUGCAGCAAGCUUAUUGUGAUUGAUUAGUCGUACUUAAAUUUAGCUUUUUUAUCUUAGACAUAAGUGUCAAAUGUUUUAUAUUAAUUUAUUGUUUUCCUAUUUUUACUUUUACAUUCCAAAUUAAUGAAAUAUUUAAUUGGCUGUGUUAAUUGUUAUUAGGCUCAUAGAAAUACACCAUGCACUAAUAAUAAUUUACAUAAUUAGGGGAAAGCACUGAUAUAUAAAAUAAUCUUGCAUGAUAUACAUACAUAUAUUGGACAUACUAUUACUCUUAACUAUACAGGUAAUUUUUACUACUUCGAUAAUAAUUAAUUUUCUUUACAAAGUCAAAAUGUAAAAUAGUCAUUAACAUAAUUUAAAAUAUUAUUUUAAUAAUUAUAAAGUUAGACUAGAUCCAGUUCUUCAUAAAUCCAAAAUGCAUUUAAAGAGAAGUUGUAUUUUAAGGUUGUAAUGUAAAAUUAUUGAUUCAAGAUUCUACAAUGUCAAUGUACUUAUUUUUAUAUUAUUUAAAAUAGUAUGUUAUGUAUGUGAAUCUAGCUAGUGAUUUCCAAAUUUUAUUUAAUAUUAAAGUUUGAUUUUUUACAAAUAUUUUUAAAAUCAUAUUUCAAAAGAAGAAACCAGUGUUCAUUAUCUAUCUGAGAGCAAUGCCUUAAUGAAUAUUGUGGUAAUUUGUUCACCCUCUCAGCACACUUUCCAUAAGCCAGAGAGCACAUGUAUGUACAUACUCACUGGUUUACUCUUAAGAGUAGAGUAUAAUAGGACUGAGGGAUGAUAGGAAAAAUCUGUUCCCUGGAUUGUGUGUGUUGACUACACAGAAGGGUUUUUUUGUUCAAGGUUACAUGUACUUUUAUAAAGUUUAAUAAUGUAUUUGAAACACUAAUAUGCAUUACAUUUAAUGGAAUUGAGUGUAGCCAAAGAUUUUUCAGUCUCAACCAAAGUAUACAUUACAAUGAUAAUGAUAUUCGUAAUACAUUGGAUAUAAAUAUUUUCUAACAAGCUCAAAAAAAUUAAGACAUUUAGGAAUAUUUAGUUAAAAUCACUGUAGUUGCUAAUUAUACUAAUUAUAUAAAAACUACUUUAAACAAUUACUUCCUACAAUUGUAUAAAUUACCAUAUUUUUUUUACUAAUUUUUAAACAAUGUAUCUGAAAGUAUUACAAAUAUUUAUUGUACUACAUAAUACAUCUACUCAAGUUGCCAAACUGCUUGAAUCUCAAAUGUGAUUAUUUAUUUGCAUGAAUGAAAAGGCUUGGAAGUAAAAGUGCAAUUUUUUCUAAUAAUAUCUUUUAUUUCCCUUAAA